AUGUGCGUCAAGAUUCUGCAUCCGGAGCUCAUACAUUGGGCUAUCAUUCGCCGAUUUGACAACGACCAGCAUGAUAAAAUUCAGGUAAGUUUAAGACUACGCAUACUUGAUGUACAGCUAGCUGACGAGCUAGAUGAGUAUACUGAAAUGAGUACUGGACCAGAUAAAUCGUACACUGAUUACGAAUACAGGAUAAAACAGUUCAAAUCUCAUAGCAUUCAGUCGGCCCUUCGAUUCAGUGAAGGCAAUGGUCCUGUUGUAGAAGCACUCUUGGAUACUGGGUCAGCUUAA